CAGACUUCCCCCUCUCCAUCAGGCUCCCUGCAGGAGAAAAAUUCUCGAGAUUUUCCAGCAGGAGGGCCAGUGGCUGUUCUAGCUGCUUGCUCCAGAAAUCAGAAACAUCGGGGAAGGCAAUCUUAUUUUCCUACCAGGAAAGCCCCUUCCCCGCCUUCCGUUAACUAAUUAGAAAAUUUCCAGGGACAUUGCCAUCGCGAGUCGCAUCAUUUUUCUUGAAGACAUUCCAUUAUUGUUCUACCGACCUUUCCCUCAUUCCCGAGUCCUCUGGAGUUGAGUUAUGUCAACAGCUGCCUUAAUUACUUUGGUCAGAAGUGGCGGGAACCACGUGAGGAGGAGAGUGCUGCUGAGCUCCCGCCUUCUGCAGGACGACCGGCGGGUGACGCCCACGUGCCACAGCUCCACUUCAGUGCCUAAGUGUUCGCGGUUUGACCCAGAUGGCAGUGGGCGUCCAGCCACCUGGGACAAUUUUGGGAUCUGGGAUAACCGCAUUGAUGAGCCGAUUCUGCUGCCGCCCAGCAUUAAGUAUGGCAAGCCGAUUCCCAAAAUCAGCUUGGAAAACGUAGGCUGCGCCUCGCAUAUUGGCAGGCGGAAAGAGAACGAAGACCGGUUUGACAGCGCUCAGCUGACCGAUGAGGUCCUGUACUUUGCCGUGUACGAUGGACACGGAGGACCUGCCGCCGCUGAUUUCUGUCACACCCACAUGGAGAAAUGCAUCAUGGAUUUGCUUCCUAAGGAGAAGAACUUGGAAACUGUGUUGACCUUGGCUUUUCUAGAAAUAGAUAAAGCCUUUGCAAGGCAUGCCCACCUGUCUGCUGAUGCAACCCUUCUGACCUCUGGGACUACUGCAACGGUAGCCCUGUUGAGAGAUGGUAUUGAGCUGGUUGUAGCCAGUGUUGGGGACAGCAGGGCUAUUUUGUGUAGAAAAGGAAAAUCCAUGAAGCUGACCAUUGACCAUACUCCAGAAAGAAAAGAUGAAAAAGAAAGGAUCAAGAAAUGUGGUGGCUUUGUGGCUUGGAAUAGUUUGGGACAGCCUCAUGUGAAUGGCAGACUUGCAAUGACAAGGAGUCUUGGAGAUUUGGAUCUUAAAACCAGCGGUGUGAUAGCAGAACCAGAAACAAAGAGGGUCAAGCUCCAUCACGCUGAUGACAGCUUCCUGGUCCUCACUACAGAUGGAAUUAACUUCAUGGUGAACAGUCAAGAGAUUUGUGACUUUGUCAAUCAGUGCCAUGAUCCCAACGAAGCAGCCCAUGCAGUGAUUGAACAGGCAAUACAGUUUGGUACUGAAGAUAACAGUACUGCAGUAGUAGUGCCUUUUGGUGCCUGGGGGAAAUACAAGAGCUCUAAAAUCAACUUCUCAUUCAGCAGAAGCUUUGCCUCCAGUGGACGAUGGGCGUGACUGCUUGCUGGGACUUUGAAUUUCUGUGAAACAGUUUUUCACUGAAUAUGUCAAGAAACUUACUAGAUCAAACAAGUCAGCUGUGCCUGGAUGCCUCUGUGACUCACUAGAUCAGUACACAAGUCAGUGUAAACUAAGUAACCAUUUACGUAGUAGUUUUUCAUUAAUAACUCAUAUUUAUGUUCAACUGUACGUACUCAGUAUAAAUAUAUGUGUAAUUCAACUGUGGUGAAUCUUUAAGUUGAGUGAGCAAAUGAAAAGUGGUUCUGACGCACUUGCUGAAUGUUAAAUUUCUCAUUUUUAAAACUCUUAGGCAGCUACGAGUUUCGUCUGAUCAUUUCUGUUCUUUCUUCAUUUGAACAGAUUCUUGCCUUCAAGUUCUUCAAAACUAGUAGAUAUUUUGACGGCUCUGCAAUGUGUUAGCUGCAAGUGUUUAUUUUCAAUAGUUCUACCAAGGAGUAAGUGUGAAAACAGAGUUCUGUGUGACUAUAUUUUGUAUUCUGGACCACUUACUGGUAAAUUUCACAAUGCAAAAGACAUUAAUUCAGAUAAUAUGGCGCUGCUAAAUUGUAUGCAUAUUUACAACAGUGCAGUUAUGAAUGUCAGCUGUGUCACUUGGUCUUCCCCCUUCCCCCCCAACCCCCUUCAUUGCCUCUUUUUCUGUAGCUAAGAAUGUUAUAUAGAUACAUAGGCUACUUCUUUAUAUCAGAAGAGUAUGCACAGGCCGAAUCUUUCGGUCAAAGCCAUACAAACUUAAAUACUGAUGGUAUCCAGUAUUUUGUAUGAAGUUUCCAUUUGUUAUCUUUAACUCUGUGUUUUGUGUUUUAUAUGUAGUAUGUUUAUAUCACCUUUUGUAUAGAAUAAGCAAGUUGGAUAAUUUGUCAGUAAAAAUAAUACCACAUUGUCUGAUAAUAUGAGAGAGAUAGCGUGAGGUUUAUGUCUCCUUUUUGCUUCUUUCUAAGAUUCAAAGCAAAGAAUAAAUCUAAAACGUUAAAGCAUUCUAUAUUUCAGCUUGCUAAUGUAAUUUAGGAAUGUAAAACUCUAUAUCUGCAUGUAAGUUUGCUGUUAAAAUGUGAAUCUCUACAUGCGUGUUUGAAAUUAUAUCUGCAGUUUAUUUUGCAGACAAUGUAAGUUUGUUAUAUGUGUGGGGGUAUGUACAUAUGUAAAUUUUGGAGUAAUAGAGAAUUAAAGGGAACAAUCCUGCAUA